AUGGCUGAGAAAAUCCUGCUGGCUGCUGUCUCUAUUCUCUCUGCCUGUCAGCAAAGUUAUUUUGCUUUGCAGGUUGGAAUGGCAAGAAUUAAUUACAAAGUUAUCCCCCCAGCAGUCACUGGGUCACCCGAGUUUGAGAGAAUAUUUCGUGCACAACAAAACUGCGUGGAGUUUUAUCCCAUAUUCAUAGUUACAUUGUGGAUAGCUGGAUUGUAUUUCAACCAAGGUUUAGCUGCUUGUCUGGGUCUUGCGUACAUGUAUGCUCGUCAUCUGUACUUCUGGGGAUAUUCAGAAGCUUCUAAUAGAAGGAUCAUUGGUUUGAAGUGGAGUGUGGGGAUUUUGGCCUUGUUGAUUGUCCUAGGCACCCUGGGGAUUGCAAACAGCUUUCUGGAUGAAUACCUGGACCUCAAUCUUGUCAAGUUGCUGAGGUGGCACUUCUAA